UUUGGCUUUGCUAUCAUAGAAAGCUUCCCACUAGAGCUUAUCUCCUACACAUAGGACUUAAUAUCGAUGAUCUGUGUCCAGCUUGUAGAGGAAACAAAGAAAAUAUUUAUCACAUCUUCCUAACAUGCCCCAUAGCUGUAAAAUUCUGGGAUAACUUAGGUACUUCCCCUCCAUCCUCAACCGAUAUCCACUGGUUAGAUUCUGUUAGACUCAUGAAACCCUCAAAAUCUUUCCAAGCCCUAGAGUGGGAGGAUAUUUAUACCUUAUGCUUUUGGCAUAUAUGGCUCAACCGCAACAACAACAACAUUAACAAUAUUUCUAAUGAUAUCUCAGUCAAAAUGACUCUCAGCAAAGCUGCUGAAUUCAAAUACCUCACUGGUAACAAACAUUCCUCCUUAAAUACCAUAAAUUUCUCCAUUAGAUGGCAAAAACCCUCUAUGGGAUCUUUUAAACUUAACUGUGACAGUGCUUACAUCAAUAAUACUAACGUUGGUGGCUUGGGAGGAGUCAUACGAAACAGCCAUGGCAAAUGGAUGGUGGGGUUCCAAAAACUUACUAAUGUCAUUAGCAACACUCAUGCAGAACUUCUUGCCCUGGAAACGGGUCUAAGAGUUGUAGUCCAAUUUAAGCUUCAUCCUCUCGAAAUUGAAAUGGACUCCACAAAGAGGGGAAAAUCAGGUGAUCCAGAUAUCAUUAAGAUAAAGAGGACAUCGACUCCAGAUGAUGUGGCAUCUGUUCUUUUGAAGGAGAGAGAAAGGCAAGGAGUGUAUGGAGCAGGCAGAGAGGUUAACAGCACCGCAGAACAGGAGGAGGAGGAUGCAGAAAAUGAAGACUAUGAUGGUGAUGAUACUGGAGCCAAAGAUGAGGAUAAUGGCGAAGUUGUUGAUGACCCUGAAGAAGACGGUGGGGAUGCAGAAGUCAGCGAUGGAGAUCAGAAGCAGCAGAGGCGUGUCAGCUAUGGAUUUCAUUUAGUUGAAGGCAAGAUGAAACAUGGGAUGGAGGAUUAUCUGGUGGCAGAAAAUAGGAAAAUGGAUGGACAUAAUCUGGGGCUCUAUGCAAUAUUUGACGGUCAUUCAGGACGUGAGGUUGCAGAAUAUUUGCAAAGCCAUCUUUUCGACAAUAUACUGAGUGAGCCUGAUUUUUGGAAGAAUCCUGUGACUGCAUUUAAGAAGGCUUAUAGAGAUACAGAUGGCGACAUUUUGGAGAAUGUGGUUGGUGCACGAGGUGGCUCAACAGCAGUGACAGCCAUAUUAAUCGACCAGAAACUAUUGGUAGUGGCCAAUGUAGGGGAUUCACGUGCAGUACUAAUUCAGAGAGGAAAGGUCAAGCAAAUAACAGUUGAUCAUGAGCCGGAAAAGAAGGAAGAAAGAGACCUAGUUGAGAGCAAAGGAGGUUUUGUUAUUAAGAUGCCAGGGAAUGUUCCACGGGUGGAUGGCCAACUAGCCAUGACAAGGGCAUUUGGAGAUGCAAAACUGAAAGACCAUAUCACUGUGGAACCUAAUGUGACAAUUGAGAAGAUAGACAAAGACACUGAUUUCAUAAUCUUGGCAAGUGAUGGCUUGUGGAAGGUAAUGUCGAAUGAAGACAUAGCAGAAUGCAUUACGGGGCUCGAGCAUGGCAAGAAAGCAGCGGAAGAGUUAAUCACUGAAGCACUAAUGAGGGGGAGUCCCGACGAUAUUUCUUGUGUCGUAGUGAGGUUUCACUAACUAUGUAUGGGGUUAAUUAGCAGAAGGAUCAAAAUGCGUAUGGACAGGGUCGUUUGAAUAGUUGUCAGACUCAUAUUAUGUAACUAUGUCCUUCUUCAUGUGCCAUGUUGUGUUGCAAUCUUACGGUUAUCAGUUCUGAGUU